AUGCCCCGACCCGUCGCUGGUCUCGAAGCACGCAAAGACGACAUCCGACACUGGAUCGUCAACGAUGGUCUGAAGGUGCUUCAAGUCAUCGCCAAACUCAAGCAUGAACACAACGUCGUCUGUCAAAAGCGCACCCUCGAACGCAACCUCAAGACAUGGGGCAUCUCCAAACGCUCUCACCUGGACAAGGCUGCUCUGCAACAAGAGUUGACCAGACUAUUCCGUGGUCCUCACCAGACGGAUGGCGACAUCUGCAAGCUCCUCAACGAAGCCGGCCAUGUCGUCAACGUCCGGACCGUCAUGGAGACGAGGAAGAAGCUCGGCCUACACAAGCGCAUUCGACCAGAGACAAACGAGGAGGACCUGCAAAACAAAAUCAGGCACUUGCUCGAAGAAGAGUAUCAGGACGAAGCCGUCGUGAAGAUGCAACGCUCCGAGCUGUACACGUAUCUGCGCCACAAGUAUCCCGAACACGACAUUAUAGGAAGAGACCGAGUGUACAACAUUGCCCGUGAAAUGAAUCCCCAUCUCAAGCGUCGCUACCCCAAAGGCCACCCGCUCUACCAGAAUCGCCCAUACAAGCUGUCGGGAAAGAGGUUGGCCGCCAAACUUGCCGCCGAUGCCGCCGCAGCACAACCUCUUGACAGUCCUGUACCCGACGAGCCUCACGGACUGCCUCCGAUCAACGACUCUGAUGCAUCUCCGCCACCUCUUUACCAGGAUGCCAUGAACGACCAAGCUUCCAUGACGCGAAGUCAGCCUUACAACUCCAUCUACACUUCUCCUAUCCACGUACCUCCGCCAACGACUCCGCACAUGCUGGACCCAAUCCUCCGAGUCGAAUCACUGGAACAAGAGAAUAGCGUGCUACAGGAAAGACUGCAACGACAAGAUGCCGAAAUACAGCACAUGCGCCAAGCAUACCAUGACCUGAUGGCAAGACUCGACUCUGCCAAGCCAGACAAUCACUACCCUACCUGA